GUGGAAAGCUGGAAGCCACGGGGAAGUUUGUAAGCUGUAGUGCCAUGGAGGGGCUAAGUUUGUGCUUGGUAGCCCUUGCCACAUUGUUGGUCACUUGGCUUCUCAAGCUUGCUGCAUCUUCUGGUAGUAGCAGCAAGGCCAAGAAGCCGCAGCUGCUGCCUCCCGGGCCAUGGACACUGCCGAUAAUCGGCAGCCUCCACCACGUCGUGAGCGUGCUCCCGCACCAGAGGAUUACAGAGCUGUGUCGCCUUUACGGGCCAGUGAUGUUACUGAGGCUUGGGGAGGUACCAACCGUGGUCGUUUCGAGCGCCGAGGCAGCGGCACUGGUGAUGAAGACCAACGACCUGGCGUUCGCGAACCGGCCACGCAGCGUGACGCAGGAGAUCUACAGCUGCGGUGGGCAGGGCAUCGCCCUAGCCCCCUACGGCGAGCAGUGGCGCCAGAUGCGCAAGGUGUGCGUGGUGGAGCUCCUCAGCGCCAAGCAGGUGAAGCGGAUAGAGGGCAUCAGGGCCGAGGAGGUGAGCAACCUCCUCCAGUCCAUCUCCAUCACGGCCUCCGCCCGGGCUGGCGGCGUCAACCUGAGCGAGAAGGUGUCGGCGUUCAGCAACAACAUCGUGUCACGCGGGUUAUUCACUGAGAGGUGCGCCCGGCAGGACGAGUACCUCGGUGAGAUCGACAAGAUGGCCUCCCUGAUGAGCGGCUUCAGCCUCGUCGACCUUUUCCCUUCAUCGCGGUUGGUGCGGUGGUUGAGCAAUGGAGAGCGCAACAUGAAAAGAUGUUGUGCCAGAAUGCAAGGCAUCAUCUCGGACAUCAUCGACGGGAGGAAGGCGGCGCCGCACCGCGCCGACACCGAGGACCUGCUUGAUGUGCUGCUCAGGCUGCAGGCUGAGGACUCGCUGCCAUUCCCGCUAACCACAGAGUCUAUCGGCGUCCUCAUCUUUGACAUAUUUACAGCUGCCACUGAGUCGUCAGCGACCGUUUUGGAGUGGGCUAUGUCAGAGAUUUUCAAUCACCCCAACGUAAUGGCUAAAGUUCAGUCAGAGGUUCGACAUGUAUUAGGUCCAGGCAAAGCUGUCAUCACGAAUAACGACAUCGCUGAGCUGCACUAUCUGCGAAUGGUCAUCAAGGAAGUUUUUCGGAUACAUACUCCUAUCCCCCUACCCGUUCCUAGAGAGGCCAGAGAGGAUUGUAAAAUCAUGGGCUAUGACAUACCUAAAGGUACUACUAUCUAUGUCAAUGCCUUUGCGAUUUCUCGAGAUCCUAAAUAUUGGGAUAGCCCUGAAGAGUUUAAUCCGGAAAGGUUUGAGAACAAUAACAUGGAUUAUUAUGGGACACACUUCGAGUUCACCCCAUUUGGAGCAGGUCGACGACAAUGUCCUGGGAUAUUAUUUGGCACGUCGACUGUGGAGAUUGGAUUGACAAAUCUUCUCUACCACUUCGACUGGGCGCAUCCUAACGGGGCAGGCGAGUCAGUAGACAUGUCCGAGAAAUUCGGUAUCGCCACAGGCAGAAGGUGUGACCUGCAGCUGAUAGCUAUUCCCUAUGUACCAUCCAGCAGUACUUAGAUAUAUCUACUCUUUCAGCGUCCGUGUUUUCUUCUUAGGCAACUUUCAGCAUCCAUGUUAAAUGCAUUGUAUCUUCCUACUUUUUUUUCAAUAGUUUGAAUUGCUCACCACAUGUGUCACGUGGUUUGUAUCUCCGUACUUUGAAAUAAAGAGAAUUCUAAUUCUCAAUCGACGAGGGAAGAAUUCUUUCGGUUUA